AUGCCUCAAUGUGCUGCAUUCAACUGCAACAUUCGGUCACAGAAGGGUGUGGCAAUGUAUCUUUUCCCAAAAGAUCCAAAAUUUAGACGAAUUUGGGUACAUAAUCUUCGACGAGAUGGGUUUGUAGCUACAAAGACUUCAAGGUUAUGUGCGAGACAUUUCACCGAUGACCAGUUUUCAAUACACCCAUCUGUGGCCAAAAAAUGUGGAUACAAAAUAAUUGACCUGAAGCCAGACGCUGUGCCAACGAUCUUUGACUUCCCAAAGACUGAAACAAAGACGAAGACGCGAAGAAAAUCCACGACUUCCUUCAAGCGAAAUGCUUUGGAGAUUUGUAAUGCAAUAGACAAAUCGCCUACACAAUUUCCAAAACCAAGUGCUAUGGGGAAAUCACAGACUUCUGUCAUGGAUGCUAGUCUUGCAGAUCCAUGCCUGUCAAACGAACACGAUAUCAGCAUGAGAGAGUCUGCGACAACACUGAACUGCGAUUCAAAUGUCACCCAAACGUUCCAUGCAUUCACCCAAACUUCUAACGAGAGCCUAAACAUCAGUAUUCAGGCAUCUCCCCAAACAGGGGAAAUAGGGAUACAAGUUGAUAUAUAUGGCAGUGAUAGGGACACAGUAGAAACAGAAGAAGAACCGGAUGACAAUUUGGAGGAAUCUGAUUCCGAAAUGGACGACUCGGACAUAGAGUGGAGCCUGUCGAAUAACGAAGAUGAUGAAGAGAUGAAGCCAAAGAAUGUAAGCAGUAUAAGUGGUGACACCAAAUUCAUUGUAUAUAAAAGCAGCCUGGAGCAGCUCCUUCCCUCCCAAUGCUUGCUCUGUGGAAACCCCAAGCAGGACACUGACUUUGAAUGGCGUGUGUUGGGCACUGUUGUGCACAUCCAGUCCACAUGCAACAGAUGCGAUUGUCUAUGGGAAUGGGCCAGUCAGCCAUUUACAGGAAUGAUGCCAUGGGGUAAUUUGGUUUUUGCUGCCGCAAUCCUGUUUAGUGGCGCAAGUCCACUCAAAGCCAUAAACACGUUAAAGUUUGCUGGAAUUCAGUGUUUCAGUAACAGGACAUAUUUUUCCCUGCAGCAACUCUACCUAGUCCCAGCUGUUGAAAUGGUGAGUUGA